ACGCGCGCGCUCUUUUCAUUCAGCAGAGGAAUGUCAUGUUUCCACCUCAGCUGCAGGAUGACAUGAUUCCUUAACAUUCUGCCAAUCCCCUGAGCUGAGGAGCACCUUCAGAGCCUCUGUUUUGUCUCCUAUCUGUCUUGCCAGCUGUAUGGGGCAGUCGUAGUAGUAGCCGUCAGUGACUGAUCUCUUCUCCAUGGCCUGUCGUCCCCCCGGCUCUGGCUCCUACACUGUGGUUAUCAUCCCGCUCAGGACCAGCCUCUACAGCCUGGACGCACUUCGCUUCUUCCUAUGGGUUAAGCGUCUCAGGGAACUAGAGAAAGAGAAGGACGCUCUGUGCUCCGGUCUGGAGGUCCUGGAGAAGGCCCGUCUCUGGUACCUCCAGCGGCUGGAGGAGAACAGAGCGAGGCAGGAAAACAUCGAAAUCAAGACAGGGCUCAGCUGCCAGGAAGGUGCAGCAGAGGCUCAGUCUUGCCUCCUCAGGUCUCGCAUUCAGCGGGUGAACGGCUCCCUGGGUUCCAUGAUGAGUGAACCCAAUGUCACCAGCUGCAGCAACCCCUCUCUGCCUGACGCGGUGGCAGACAGCGACCUCCGGUGGCACAACACAGUACUGACUCAGGAGGUGUGUAACAAGAAUCGUCAGAUCUCCAUAUUAGAAUGGGAAAAGGACGCGCUCCUCGAACAGCUCGAUGAGCUGCAGGCCCACUGAUGGCACACACACACAUGAGCUGUAAUGCAAAUUGACCUUUGGGUAACACAGUUGCUAACUUUACACCACUUGUAAAUAUGUAUUUAAGUGAAUAAAUUAAAGAUGCAUCAUUAG